AUGAGUCCGGUCAAGCCGCCAAUGGAAGUGACAGUAAAGUCACGGGAUGUACAGCGAGACGGCAGCUUGAAGACCACGUGUCUGCGAAUUGUCCACAUCUCAGACACGCACAAUGGCAACUACGGCGGGAAGCUCCCACACGGGGAUGUUUUAAUCCACAGUGGUGACUUCACGAAUGCAGGAGAUGAGGAGCCGGAGGCCAUCCGCGCAUUCCUCACAUGGUUCUUGCAGGAACCGCACCGCUACAAGAUUCUUGUGUGCGGGAAUCACGAGCUCUUACUUGACAGGCGACCAGACCUCGAGGAAUACCUUGGAUGCGAUACGCCAGAAGCUGCAGCGCUGAAUGGCUUUCGGCGACCAAUCCUCUUGAAUGAUUCCGGGGUCACAGUCCAAGGAGUGAAGUUUUACGGGAGCUCUUGGAAUCAUUGCUCCAUGGCCUGGCGUGCGAAUCAGCAGGAGCGUGAACUUCGUUGGGCAAGGAUUCCUCCAGAUGUCGAUAUCCUUAUCACGCAUCAACCACCGCUUGGGAUCCUCGAUUUAGCAUGGUUAAGCCAUGGCUCCGGCACGUAUGACUGCAGGAUCUGCGGCGAGGGAGCGCGCCACAAGGGCAAUUUUGCCCACUGGGGAUGUGCAUCACUACUUGAGCACGUUCGAGCCAGACAAGUUCCCUUGCAUUGCUUUGGUCACGUUCAUGAUGAGCACGGGUUCGUUGCGCGUACGGUGCCGGAAGGCUCAGCUACCUUCACGACAACAUUUAGCAAUGCUGCAAUGGAUAUUUAUCACACAUCCAAUGUCAUCAACUUUGAGUACAACUUUCAGUGCAGCACUGCAGAGACCGUCGGUGCACCAGUCGCAAGUCCUACAGUUGAACCUGCUGGCCCUUUCUGGAUUCGCACAGGGAGCAGGCACGUAGUUGACAUCGAUGCUGACCCCAGCGCGAAGAAUCAAAAGGUGUGGUUAUGGAAGAAGCUAAGACCGGCAGCAAACCAACUCUGGUAUGCCUUGCCAGCAUCCGACUCUGGAAAUCAGUUUAUUCUGGCGAGUGCCCUCUCACACGCGACUCUUGAGCAUGAUCCCCGCUGCUUGCAUGCAGUUGGACGUCAGGUUCGAGCCCUGACGCUCAGUGAGGCAGCAGAGCUUGAGAGCCAUCCGGUUCUGUUGUCCUCAUCAACGUUAAAUGCGUUGCGGAGUGGGCCUGCGAGCAUUGCCGUCGGCGACUUGCAUGUUGCCGUGGAUCGCAGUUCAGAGCUGGUCCUCAGCGACGAGGCAGAGGCCCUCCUGAUGGAGCUUGAGCAUUGUGCACUGUAG